AUGGCUCAAUUAGAAAAUGCAAAUGCUCUUCAAUACCAGGAAGUCUCCGAUUCUGAUGAAUCCAAUUCUUCUACAGAGUCUACAGUUACGCCUGGUCCAAAGGAUGAAGAUCUAGCUGAAUAUGAUGAAGAAGAUGAAGAGGAACCCAAUAACGAUUCCAAAGGUCAAUUUCAACCACUUUUAGAUGAAAACGUCUUUAUUAUUGAUGAAACCAAAGAUACUCUUUUAGUGGGCCUCACAGAGAAGCAACGUAUUUUUGUAUCAGGUGUAUUUUGUUUACAGGUGGUCAAAGGUGGGAUCUUAUACGGUCACACUCAUUACAGCGCUUCGAAAGAUACUUAUACCGUCUGGCAUCCUCUAUGUGAUUCUAUACCGUCAAUUCAAAGUUCUUUCUAUGCAGGAUGGGAGGAAGGUGUUCAUAUAAGUAGUGAACAUGAAGAACUUGUUGAAUGCGAUUUGAAAGAUUUCCCCUGUAUUAUCAAGUUGCAUAAUCCCAAAGUGGACAAUUUAUUAGAAGCAAGUGAACUAUAUUCAGAAGUUGGAAACUUGUGGAGGAAGCAAGGAGAUUUUACUCAAAAUUUUACCUCACCUCAAUGUGGAUUUGCCAUUUUACAUGAAAGUUUGAAUCAAUUUUCACCGUUACAUAUUACUGGGGAAUGGUUAAAUGUAAUAGAAAGACUAGGUCUUGCCCAUAAAAAUUCAUCUCACGACAUGAGAGUGAUAGUAUUAGGCGGAAAAAAUACAGGUAAAUCCACCUUACUCAGAUUAUUGGCCCAAAAUUUUUUGUACGGUGGAUCUUCGCAGGAGGAAAUUCUCUAUUUCGAUUUAGAUCCUGGCCAACCAGAAUUCUCUCCUCCUGAUUGCAUUUCUAUAAAUCAAUUGAGCCGAUUCACUAAAGUUUUGGGUAAACAUAUGGGUCAACCGUUUUUCUCCCCCAUAAGGCAGCAUUACCUCGGAUCUAACUCACCACAAGAUAUUCCACACUUAUACCUACGCUGUAUCGAUGAGCUGGUGGAUUACUUGGAUGAACAAACUUACAUGGGUACUUCCUUAAUGAAUCUUCCAGGGUGGAUAAAAGGUUUUGGUCUUAACAUCCUCAACCACGUGAUUAGGCGCUACAAACCUACUCAUAUUGUAAUGUUAGAAUCAAAAUCUUCCAGACAGUAUUUUGAGGAAUUGGAUACAGGUACCUUAUUUACGAGUUCACUAAGAGAUGAUUACCGUGCCCAGAUCUUAAAAGUUCAUACAAACUUCAAUAGUUUUGAAGACAGCAAGUUCUCAGCGGCAACCUUACGGACACAGAAUAUGCUGGCAUACUUCCACACACAAACAAAAACCAAAUCUCUGAUAAAAUAUAAUUUUACACCAUUAAUUAUGCAGCCGCCUUUACAGAUUUCCUUUGGAAAUCGUGGAGUUCAAGGUAUACGAUUUUUCGAAGAGUUUGAAGAUAUUCACAAAGAUGAUAUCAAAAACGCUUUACAAGGUACUGUAGUAGGAUUGUACUCUUGUGAUGAUGAUGAGGAUAAUGCAUUGAGAGAAAACAUCACUUUUCAGGGAGCCUUUCCUAUAUUGAAGAAUCUGCCUUCAAAGAUUGUGUUUUUCUCAUUGGCACUUAUCCAUUCCAUUGAUGUUGAGAAUAGGUUGAUGAAUGUGUACAUCCCUGGUUUUAGAACCAAUCAACUUGGUAGUAAUUCUGAACGCAAAUGGAUUAUGAUUAGAGGCAAAAGUGAAACCCCAUUUUGUGAAUUAUACCCUUCGAAAACACUUUUCAAUGGUGAUAAAAUCCCCUACAUCUCUAAUGAGCGUAGAAAGAAAUACGAGUAUAUUUGGAAAGUGAGAAGAAAUGUUAUGAGGAGGGGUCACCAUCUCAAGUGA